CCCUGAGCCUGGGUAACGGCGCGAGUGGACUGCGUGAGGUGCACGGAGAGACGACGAACGAGUUGGGAUGGCCACCAGCUGGGGGAGCCUCUUGCAGGAUGAGCAGCAUUUGGAGGAGCUGGCAAGGCAGGCCAUGGACCGGGCCCUGGCAGAAGGAGUGUUGCUGAGGACCUUACAGGAGCCUAGCUCCUCGGAUGUGGUGAGCUAUGCCCCAUUCACGCUCUUCCCCUCACUGGUCCCCAGUGCCCUUUUGGAGCAGGCCUAUGCUGUGCAGAUGGACUUCAACCUGCUAGUGGAUGCUGUCAGCCAGAAUGCUGCCUUUCUGGAGCAAACUCUCUCCAGUACCAUCAAAAGAGAUGACUUUACUGCUCGUCUCUUUGACAUUCACAAGCAAGUCCUGAAAGAAGGCAUUGCCCAGACCGUGUUCCUAGGCCUGAACCGCUCAGACUACAUGUUCCAGUGCAACACAGAUGGCUCCCCAGCCCUGAAACAGAUUGAAAUCAACACCAUCUCUGCCAGCUUUGGGGGCCUAGCCUCCCGGACCCCAGCUGUGCACCGACAUGUUCUCAGUGUCCUGAGUAAGACCCAAGAAGCUGCAAAGAUCCUCUCCAAUAAUCCCAGCAAGGGACUGGCCCUGGGGAUUGCAAAAGCCUGGGAGCUCUACGGCUCAGCCAAUGCUCUGGUGCUACUGAUUGCUCAAGAGAAGGAAAGGAACAUAUUUGACCAGCGUGCCAUAGAGAAUGAGCUACUGGCCAGGAACAUCCACGUAAUCCGGCGAAGAUUUGAAGAUGUCUCUGAAAAGGGGUCUCUAGACCAAGACCGGAGGCUCUUUGUGGAUGGCCAGGAAGUUGCUGUGGUUUACUUCCGGGAUGGCUACAUGCCAAGUCAGUACAGUCUGCAGAACUGGGAAGCACGCCUGCUGCUGGAGAGGUCAUGUGCUGUCAAGUGCCCAGACAUUGCCACCCAGCUGGCUGGGACUAAGAAGGUGCAGCAGGAGCUAAGCAGAGUGGGUGUGCUGGAGGUGUUGCUCCCUGGCCAGUCAGAGGCUGUGGCCCGCCUCCGUGCCACCUUUGCUGGCCUCUACUCAUUGGACAUGGGUGAAGAAGGAGACCAGGCCAUCACCAAGGCCCUUGCUGCCCCUAGCCGGUUUGUGCUAAAGCCCCAGAGAGAGGGUGGAGGUAACAACCUGUAUGGUGAGGAGAUGGUGCAGGCCCUGGAGCGGCUGAAGGACAGCGAGGAGAGGGCUUCUUACAUCCUCAUGGAGAAGAUCGAACCUGAGCCUUUUGGGAAUUGCCUGCUACGUCCUGGCAGCCCUGCACGAAUGGUCCAGUGCAUCUCAGAGCUGGGCAUCUUUGGGGUCUAUGUCAGGCAGGGAAAGACACUUGUGAUGAACAAGCACGUGGGGCAUCUACUUCGAACCAAAGCCAUGGAGCAUGCAGAUGGUGGUGUGGCAGCAGGAGUGGCAGUCUUGGACAACCCAUACCCUGUGUGAGGGCAAAUCCAGGCCAGCUUGGACUUCACUCAAGAGACUUUCUGUCACUGUACUUGUCAUUUCUCUCCUAGCCCUCCUCCAAUCUCAGAAGGGCUGGUCUCUUCUAAAGACCUCCUGGGUCUUCAUGGAAGGGUAAAUGCUGGGUACCUUCCUCCAGCUCUCCAUCUGAGGACCAGAAAAGCUGUUUUCCUUAGAUGAGAGUUAGAGGCCGCCAAAUCCUUGGGUGUGGGUAUAACUGAAGGGUAACUGCUUUGAGGUAAAGAUCCAUAAACCCUGCCACCCUCCUGUCAGCCCCUCAUCAGCCUUUACAACGUUCCAGUGCCUGACUUGGGAUAGGACUGAGAGGUAGGAGGAGGCAGAGUGGAGGGGCAUAGCCUUUCCCCAACGCUGCCUUAAA